GUGAACAGACCUGUGGUGUGUUUGCAAGCAGCAGUGGACACAUCACCUCACUCUGGUCAGCACGGAGCAACUUGGAAGUGAGUAUGCGUGCGUUUUGCCUGCAGGAAAUGUACGAGGGCCCACCUUAAAGGAGAAGGAAGAGCGUCAUUGUCAUCAGGGGACGACUGGUCACUGAAGAUGAAGGGGAGUGGACAUUAGGGCUCCUGGAAGAGCAACAUCAUCUCCUCUUUGCAUCUUCUCACUGUAAUCCUGUGGAAACAAUGACAUUUUUAUACUUAGCACAUGUAUGUUAGCACAUUCUAAAUCUUCAGUGGAACAUUUGUUGGAGAGACUGUCGUCCAUCAUCCAGGACUACGAAGUAGCCGAUCCUGGAAUUUCGGCGAGUAAAGGAAGUUCCUGGAGAUGGUAGAGACUUAAAGGCAAAGUUGAACCAGUAUGGAGCCUAUUAGGAAAGACAUGGAGCUGCUGAGUAACAGCAUGGCGACAUACGCUCACAUCAAAGCCAACCCAGAGAGCUUCGCCCUCUACUUCAUGAUGGGCGUUUGCUUCGGCCUGCUCAUGGCGCUGUGCCUCCUGAUAGCUGGCAUCACCUGCAGGCCUCGCCGCCACAGCAGACCUCCUCGGUCACCCGAGAGGAGGCAGCUGAAGGAGUCCAGCGAGGAAGAAGAGGAAGAAGGAGAGGAGGAAGUGGAAGACGAAAGCCUAGCAGAGGAAGGCGAGUCAGAAAACCACAAACUGACCUUGGUGCCCAUGGACGAGCGCAGCACGCAGUCUCACGGCACUCUGAAGAGCGUCGAUGUGUUCGCCUCAGCCGAGGAGCUGGAGAAGGCACGGCGUCUGGAGGAGAGGGAGCGCAUUGUUAGGGAAAUAUGGAGGAACGGGCAGCCUGAUAUUCUGGUCACUGGGACUGGUACUAUUGGACGGGUCCAUUAUCACUAGUGUCCAAAAACCUAUGGCAAACAGACACAGAACACUGGAACACUUGACUGUAAGAUUUUUCAUGUGUCUCUAUGGAGAAGGUCCAGUUUGAUAAUAAUGCUAUUAACAUACAUGCAUCUAGUAAUUGCAUUGUGGGUAAUAUGGUGUUUCACAUCCUCGGUUUCAGAUUCCGUGGCCUAAAAAGUGAGAAUCUGCUUUUGUUCCGCAAAUAAUUCAUGGAAAAUAUGAAAAUGCUAUCCUCCAGUGAUUGGAAUAAAUGCACAUUUUAGGAUCAAGUCAGUACUUAAAUUAAAUGUAAUUAAAUGUUUUGUCGAUCUGUCGUUCUGUGGAUGUAUUUUCAUGGUUAUAUUAACCCACAUCCCACUUUAAUGUUAGAUCUUGAUCAUAAUGUGGGAUCACAAAUAAAGCAAUAUUUAGUUUGUA